AUGGGCCUGAACAUGGUCAUGAUAUUGUCAUCAGAAGCGCAUACGAAAAUUGACAAAAUCUUUUCCCUCGUAGGAUCAGGAACAUCCAGUCCGACUGGCAGUGCCCCGCCCUCUCCCCCUCAAUCCCCAACACCCGCCGACGAACCCGACACCCCCGAUAUUCACCCGACCGACAGCGCCAGCAACGCACCCAACGGCACAGAGAGCAUCCUCACUAGCCACGAAAGCGAAGCACACCCCACGGCUGCGUCAGACGACAUUCGUGUCCUAAAACUCCAACUCGCCCAAGCUCAAGAACUGGUGGCAAAACAAAACCGCCAAAAACUUCGUCUCAAAAGCGAGCUCGUUGCGGCGCGGACCGAACUUGCUCACAUCAAAGCCGACAUGUCCAUGGCUCAGGAAAGCGUGGCCCGUGCGGCAGAAGCCGAAGAAGAACUCGCAGCAGCCAAAGAACUCUUGGUCACCUACAAAACGGAACUCAAUGUCACGCAGGAAGCCCACGAAGCUGCUUUCGAGUACCUCAAGCGCUCGGCGGACCGAAACUGGAUUGAAAUCGAAAAGGAAAUCUCUGGCCUUUAUGCCAUGCUUCAAAACCCUUUCACACCCCUUUUUGUCAAGGAUGAUUUGGAGGGAUUUAUGCCGCCGCGACAAGUCCCACGGUGUUGGGACACGGAUUCUGAAUUUGAUUCCGAUGUCGAGGUAGAUGAAAGCCUAGCGUGGUGGAGACGGGAUGCACCUGUCGAAGGCGUGAAACGGGAUCCCGCCAAACUGCAGUGGUGGCGACCCGAUGCGGACCACCCUGACGAGUCAGAAGAGGUUGAAUCGGCUUCCGUGUCCUCGAACGAGUCGGGAAUACCAUCCGAUGUUGUGGCUCAUUCGGUCGUGGUCAAGGCCCAUCGCAAGUUAUCGGACGGAGCGGUCAUGAUCACGGACUCCCCCUCUCCCCCCCUUGACACUCCCCGAAAACGCACAAACAGCUGGUUCCGCCCCAUCCAAACCUGGGUGGAACACCUAAACGACAUUGUCGAAGACCGCCCCGUUGUCCGCGUCCGUAGUCGGGAUGUAUACCGUUUUGACGAAGAUUUACGUGUGGACGUUUCUGGGUACCGGGGCGGACACCCGGAUUCGGCUGUUGAAGUGGAUAAUGUUGAAGGGCCUUUGGAGAAAAUGGCGAGAGGGUUCGAAGGGGUUUUGGAAGGAGUCGUUGGGUUUGGGAUUUUCAAAAAGUAG